AUGCACAUACGAGACGAAAUCAACCUGCGCGUGCUCAAGGGACACGAGGCAGGCAUCAGAGGUAUCCGCAAACAGACACCUUAUGUCGUCCUAUACAACUACUCCAUCACCGAAGGCUCCUGGGCCAAGCUACCCUACGAGGGCACUCUCUUUGUCUACGAGACGCAAGCCAGGCUGUGUGGCUAUCGCAUCCUCAACAGACUAUCGCUAGACUGCUUCUCGCGCGAUAUAGAGUCAGACCAAGAUGUUAUGGAAACAGAAGGCUACAUCAUCCACCGAACAGGCGAGGAUAUCUGGGGAAUCUGGAUUUGGGACAGCAAGGAUAGAGCCGAGUUGUUU